AUGAUUUCCAAUUCAGAAAAGGACUUUAUUGUCGAUGGCUGCAGAGAGAACUGUCGGCAAGACGGAAGAACGCGAAAUGAAAUUCGAUCUUACAUGACAAUAAGCGGAAGCAAUCCUUCCAUCGAGAGCAACGAUGACGACUCAUCGGAACAACAUCAUCCACCGCUUGUUCUGUCCAAUGGAUCCGCCCGAGUGUUCUUGGCCACGGGAGAAACGCACGUCUUGGUAUCUGUCAAGGCCGAACUGAUGACACCCGCUAUGAGCCACCCUGAUUGUGGGGCCUUGGAUAUUCAUGUCGAUUACAUGCACAAUCCUCAAGGAAUGACCAAUUCCAAAAAGGACGAUUCGAUGGCGCCUACUAUUGCCAGUUUGCUAUUACCCCACUUGGUGGAUCCCAAACAACUAUGUGUAGUUCCGCAUCAUUUCGUAUGGAAGUUGCACUUGGACGUCAUGGUUCUUGCGUCGAAUGGUGGAUCUCUAUUGGAUGCCUGCAGUUUGGGAAUCCAAGCGGCUUUAAGGAACACGGUCUUGCCCCAACUGACUCCCGAAGCAGCUCCAGAUGGCGGUCGGCCCAUCUUGCAGAUUGAUGCCGAUUUACAAAAUGCGGUUCCAAUUCCAGGAAGUGAGCACGCACCCAUUAUCUCGACCGUCUCUUUAUUGAAACCCAAUGCUGGCAGUGGUAGCGCCACACCCAUUUUGAUUCUCGAUGCAACGCAACAAGAAGAAGCCUGUGCGGUCUCGCAGGUGCAUGUCGUAUUGGAUAGAUCAAACCAAAACCAGAAGGAACCAUUGAUUUGUGCCAUUCACAAGGCAGGAGGCGGCGCUCUCCCCUUUUCACUCCUGCAAGAUGUAACAUCAUUUGUUUUGGAAGCAAACGGCGGUGCUGCAAAGGUUUGCUCCGGGAGUGGCCACGAGCAUUUGCUACAGGAGACUUUUCUGCUGCAAUAG